GGACAGACAGAGAAACCCAAAAGGGGGAAAUAAUACGGAAACAACUGCCCUAAAAGAACAGGCUCUGGGUUUGAGUCUCAGUGGAAGAGUUUACCAUCUGUGCGACCUGGGACCAGUCACUUAGCUUUUCUGAGUCAAUUUCCUUCCCUCUAAAAUGGGGACAGUAACGAUCUACUUCAAAGCGCUCAUGUUUGAAAAACUUUAAUCCAGUGGCUGGCUAAGCACCAGAAGUCAGCUAUUACUAUUGUUAUCUCUGCAGGAGCAAGGUAUUUUCUGACCCUUUCUCUAUAAGAAAAACCACUGUUUCUCCAGUUAUACCGCAUUCAUGAGGCCGAAGCAGAAACCCAAGUGCUUUAAAAAGCUCAGAGACGGCUGCUGCAGAAACAUGAACCCAGUCAUCCAGGCCGGUAGAGCACAGCCCCCUCGGCAAAGCCCACCUUCCAUUUCCUUCCCUUCCAUUUCGGGAAAGCCAAGCUCCCCCUACGCAUUCGGUUAUCUUAUUUUCUUGCCUCGCCAGGUCGCUGGCCUGUCUCUGGCUUCUCUCUGCGACCUCUCGGUCGUGCAGGCUCCGCGGCAGCGAAGCGGCUAGGGCUGGGGCCUCGCUUCCUCAGCGCUCCGUUCUACCCCUCGGCUCCCGCCGGCGGCAGCUGCCUUCCGAAGCCGGGGUUCCCGCCGGGAUUGACGCGCUGGGGGAGGAGCGGUUUCUCGGUGCGCGCCUCUAAGGAACAUUACGGCAGGGCUCGUUCCCGGCUCCGGCCGCCAGCCCCAGCCUCCCAGGUCCGGAGCCGGGACUGGCGGAGGCCGCGAGGGAGGGAGCACGAGCAAGGAGGCACGCGCCCGCCGGUCCGCGCCCAGCCCGCCGCCGCCGCCUCAGCAACCAUGGCCGAGCGCCGCGCCUUCGCCCAGAAGAUCAGCAGAACGGUGGCAGCUGAAGUUAGGAAGCAGAUCUCCGGACAGUAUAGUGGUUCUCCCCAACUGCUCAAAAACCUUAAUAUUGUUGGCAAUAUAUCCCAUCACACCACAGUGCCCCUUACUGAAGCAGUAGAUCCAGUGGAUUUGGAAGAUUACCUCAUUACUCAUCCUUUGGCUGUGGAUUCUGGGCCUUUACGGGAUUUGAUUGAAUUUCCUCCAGAUGAUAUUGAAGUUGUUUAUAGUCCUCGGGACUGCAGAACUCUUGUUUCAGCUGUACCUGAAGAAAGUGAAAUGGAUCCACAUGUUAGAGACUGUAUAAGAAGUUACACAGAAGACUGGGCAAUUGUCAUCAGAAAAUACCAUAAAUUGGGAACAGGAUUUAAUCCCAACACAUUAGAUAAACAGAAAGAAAGGCAAAAAGGUUUGCCAAAACAAGUUUUUGAAUCUGAUGAAGCUCCAGAUGGCAACAACUACCAGGAUGAUCAAGAUGACCUUAAAAGACGUUCAGUGUCAAUAGAUGAUACCCCAAGGGGUAGCUGGGCCUGUAGUAUCUUUGACUUGAAAAAUUCACUUCCUGAUGCUUUGCUUCCCAAUUUACUUGAUCGAACUCCAAAUGAAGAAAUAGACCAUCAGAAUGAUGACCAAAGGAAAUCAAACCGUCACAAAGAACUUUUUGCUUUGCAUCCAUCACCAGAUGAGGAAGAACCAAUAGAACGGCUUAGUGUUCCUGAUGUACCCAAAGAACAUUUUGGUCAGAGACUUCUUGUAAAAUGCUUAUCACUUAAGUUUGAAAUUGAAAUUGAACCCAUUUUUGCAAGUUUGGCUUUAUAUGAUGUCAAGGAAAAGAAAAAGAUUUCAGAAAACUUUUAUUUUGACCUUAAUUCUGAGCAGAUGAAAGGGUUGUUACGUCCACAUGUACCACCUGCUGCCAUUACCACCCUGGCAAGAUCAGCAAUUUUUUCUAUCACUUAUCCUUCCCAAGAUGUUUUUCUUGUAAUAAAGCUAGAAAAAGUCCUACAGCAAGGAGACAUUGGAGAGUGUGCAGAACCAUAUAUGAUUUUCAAAGAAGCAGAUGCCACCAAGAAUAAAGAAAAACUGGAGAAACUGAAGAGUCAAGCAGAUCAGUUUUGCCAAAGACUUGGGAAAUAUCGCAUGCCUUUUGCUUGGACUGCAAUUCAUUUAAUGAAUAUUGUUAGCAGUGCUGGGAGUUUGGAAAGAGAUUCUACAGAAGUAGAAAUCAGUACUGGAGAACGAAAAGGGUCUUGGUCAGAGAGGAGGAAUUCUAGUAUUGUUGGCAGACGAUCACUUGAAAGGACGACAAGUGGAGAUGAUGCUUGUAACUUGACGACCUUUCGACCAGCUACUCUCACAGUGACAAACUUUUUUAAGCAGGAAGGAGACCGCUUAAGUGAUGAAGAUCUCUACAAAUUCCUUGCUGAUAUGAGAAGGCCAUCUUCUGUCUUACGGCGACUAAGACCUAUUACAGCUCAGCUCAAGAUAGACAUUUCUCCCGCACCUGAAAAUCCCCAUUAUUGCCUAACUCCGGAGCUGCUUCAAGUGAAACUUUACCCUGACAGUAGAGUUAGACCUACCAGAGAAAUCUUAGAGUUUCCUGCAAGGGAUGUUUAUGUUCCAAACACUACUUACAGGAAUCUUCUCUACAUAUACCCUCAGAGUCUUAAUUUUGCCAAUCGUCAAGGUUCUGCUAGAAAUAUAACAGUGAAAGUCCAGUUUAUGUAUGGAGAGGAUCCAAGCAAUGCCAUGCCGGUAAUCUUUGGUAAAUCUAGCUGUUCAGAAUUUUCAAAGGAAGCCUAUACAGCCGUAGUAUAUCAUAACAGGUCUCCUGAUUUUCAUGAAGAAAUCAAGGUUAAGCUUCCUGCUACUUUAACUGACCAUCAUCACUUGCUUUUUACUUUUUAUCAUGUUAGUUGUCAACAAAAACAAAAUACUCCUCUUGAAACACCAGUUGGAUAUACAUGGAUACCAAUGCUUCAGAAUGGACGGUUGAAGACUGGCCAGUUUUGCUUACCAGUCUCACUGGAGAAACCACCACAGGCUUACUCUGUACUGUCUCCUGAGGUUCCUCUACCUGGCAUGAAAUGGGUAGAUAAUCACAAAGGUGUUUUUAAUGUUGAAGUUGUUGCUGUUUCAUCUAUCCAUACACAAGAUCCUUAUCUUGACAAAUUUUUUGCUCUGGUCAAUGCUCUGGAUGAACACAUGUUCCCAGUCCGAAUUGGGGACAUGCGAAUCAUGGAAAAUAACUUAGAAAAUGAAUUGAAGAGCAGUAUUUCAGCACUGAAUUCAUCCCAGUUGGAACCAGUGGUCCGAUUUCUUCAUCUUCUGCUAGAUAAACUGAUACUUUUAGUUGUUAGACCUCCUGUCAUUGCUGGCCAAAUAGUUAACCUGGGUCAAGCAUCUUUUGAAGCCAUGGCAUCAAUUAUAAAUCGACUGCACAAAAACUUGGAAGGAAAUCAUGACCAGCAUGGCAGAAAUAGCCUUCUUGCAUCAUAUAUUCAUUAUGUUUUCCGCCUACCAAAUACUUACCCUAAUUCAUCAUCACCAGGUCCUGGGGGUUUGGGAGGAUCAGUGCAUUAUGCCACAAUGGCUAGAUCUGCGGUGAGACCUGCAAGCCUUAAUUUAAAUCGUUCUCGAAGCCUUAGUAAUAGCAAUCCAGAUAUAUCUGGGACUCCCACGUCACCAGAUGAUGAAGUUCGAUCAAUCAUCGGGAGUAAGGGUUUAGAUCGCUCCAAUUCCUGGGUUAACACUGGUGGUCCAAAAGCUGCCCCAUGGGGAUCCAACCCCAGUCCAAGUGCAGAAUCAACACAGGCUGUGGAUCGAAGUUGUAAUCGUAUGUCUUCGCACACAGAGACGUCAAGUUUCUUACAAACAUUAACGGGACGCUUACCAACUAAAAAGCUUUUUCAUGAGGAGCUGGCUUUGCAGUGGGUUGUUUGCAGUGGCAGCGUUCGGGAAUCAGCUUUGCAACAAGCCUGGUUCUUUUUUGAGUUAAUGGUGAGCAAAAACGACACAGAAAUGGUUGAGAGACUCAAUACAAGCCUUGCAUCUUUUCUCAAUGAUCUCUUGUCUGUUAUGGACAGAGGAUUUGUUUUUAGCCUUAUAAAGUCCUGCUAUAAACAGGUGUCUUCAAAGCUUUACUCAUUACCGAAUCCAAGCAUUCUGGUGUCCUUGAGGCUGGAUUUUCUGCGAAUCAUCUGCAGUCAUGAGCACUAUGUUACAUUAAACUUACCCUGCAGCUUACUUACUCCACCUGCAUCUCCAUCACCUUCUGUUUCUUCCGCAACAUCUCAGAGUUCUGGAUUUUCUACGAAUGUACAAGACCAAAAGAUUGCAAAUAUGUUUGAAUUGUCCGUGCCUUUCCGCCAACAGCAUUAUUUGGCAGGACUUGUGUUAACAGAGCUGGCUGUCAUUUUAGACCCUGAUGCUGAAGGACUGUUCGGAUUGCAUAAGAAAGUCAUCAAUAUGGUACACAAUUUACUCUCCAGUCAUGACUCAGACCCACGGUACUCUGACCCCCAGAUAAAGGCUCGAGUGGCCAUGUUGUAUCUACCUCUGAUUGGUAUUAUCAUGGAAACUGUACCUCAGCUGUAUGAUUUUACAGAAACUCACAAUCAACGAGGAAGACCAAUUUGUAUAGCCACUGAUGAUUAUGAAAGUGAGAGCGGAAGUAUGAUAAGCCAGACCGUUGCCAUGGCAAUCGCAGGGACAUCGGUCCCUCAACUAACAAGGCCUGGCAGUUUCCUCCUCACGUCAACGAGUGGCAGACAACACACUACCUUUUCAGCAGAAUCAAGUCGAAGCCUUUUGAUCUGUCUACUUUGGGUUCUCAAAAAUGCAGAUGAAACAGUUCUACAGAAGUGGUUUACAGAUCUCUCAGUCUUACAGCUAAACCGGCUGUUAGAUCUGCUUUAUCUUUGUGUAUCUUGCUUUGAGUAUAAAGGGAAAAAAGUGUUUGAAAGAAUGAAUAGCUUGACCUUUAAGAAAUCAAAAGACAUGAGAGCAAAGCUUGAAGAAGCUAUCCUUGGGAGCAUAGGAGCUAGGCAAGAAAUGGUACGCCGAAGCCGAGGACAGCUCGAGAGAAGUCCAUCUGGAAGUGCCUUUGGAAGUCAGGAAAAUUUGAGAUGGAGAAAAGAUAUGACUCACUGGCGUCAAAACACAGAGAAGCUUGACAAAUCAAGAGCAGAGAUUGAACACGAAGCACUGAUUGAUGGAAACCUGGCUACAGAAGCAAACUUAAUCAUUUUGGAUACAUUAGAGAUUGUUGUUCAGACUGUUUCUGUAACGGAAUCCAAAGAGAGCAUUCUUGGUGGAGUGCUAAAAGUGCUACUACACAGCAUGGCCUGUAACCAAAGUGCAGUUUAUCUACAACACUGUUUUGCUACACAGAGAGCCUUGGUUUCAAAGUUUCCUGAACUCUUAUUUGAAGAAGAGACAGAGCAGUGUGCUGAUUUAUGCCUCAGGCUUCUCCGACACUGUAGCAGUAGCAUCAGUACAAUACGGUCACACGCCAGUGCCUCCCUUUACCUACUAAUGAGGCAAAACUUUGAGAUUGGGAAUAACUUUGCUAGGGUUAAAAUGCAGGUAACAAUGUCACUAUCCUCCUUGGUGGGCACAUCUCAGAAUUUUAAUGAAGAAUUCUUAAGGCGUUCUCUAAAGACUAUAUUGACAUAUGCUGAAGAAGAUCUGGAAUUGAGGGAAACAACAUUUCCUGAUCAGGUCCAGGAUCUGGUUUUUAAUCUCCAUAUGAUUCUUUCUGAUACUGUGAAAAUGAAGGAACACCAGGAGGAUCCUGAAAUGUUGAUUGAUCUAAUGUACAGAAUUGCCAAGGGUUACCAGACCUCUCCAGAUCUGCGAUUGACCUGGCUGCAGAACAUGGCUGGCAAGCACUCAGAACGAAGCAAUCAUGCUGAAGCUGCACAGUGUCUAGUCCACUCAGCAGCACUUGUUGCUGAAUAUUUGAGCAUGCUGGAGGACCGGAAAUAUCUUCCUGUGGGAUGUGUAACAUUUCAGAAUAUUUCAUCUAAUGUUUUAGAAGAAUCUGCGGUCUCAGAUGAUGUGGUAUCUCCAGAUGAAGAAGGUAUCUGCUCUGGAAAAUACUUUACUGAGUCAGGACUUGUGGGAUUACUGGAACAAGCAGCUGCUUCUUUCUCUAUGGCUGGCAUGUAUGAAGCAGUUAAUGAGGUUUACAAAGUACUUAUUCCUAUUCAUGAAGCUAAUCGGGAUGCAAAGAAACUAUCCACAAUUCAUGGUAAACUUCAAGAAGCAUUCAGCAAAAUUGUUCAUCAGGAUGGUAAGCGGAUGUUUGGCACCUAUUUUCGUGUUGGUUUUUAUGGAACCAAGUUCGGGGAUUUGGAUGAACAAGAAUUUGUUUACAAGGAGCCUGCAAUAACCAAACUUGCAGAGAUAUCUCACAGAUUGGAGGGAUUUUAUGGAGAAAGAUUUGGAGAGGAUGUGGUUGAAGUAAUCAAAGACUCUAAUCCUGUAGACAAGUGUAAAUUAGAUCCUAACAAGGCGUAUAUUCAGAUUACCUAUGUGGAGCCAUACUUUGAUACAUAUGAGAUGAAGGACAGAAUCACCUAUUUUGACAAAAAUUAUAAUCUUCGCCGAUUCAUGUACUGUACACCCUUUACUUUAGAUGGCCGUGCCCAUGGGGAACUUCAUGAACAAUUCAAAAGGAAAACCAUUCUGACUACAUCUCAUGCCUUUCCUUAUAUUAAAACAAGGGUCAAUGUCACUCACAAAGAAGAGAUCAUCUUAACACCAAUUGAAGUUGCUAUUGAGGAUAUGCAGAAAAAGACACAGGAGUUGGCAUUUGCAACACAUCAGGAUCCUGCAGACCCCAAAAUGCUUCAGAUGGUACUCCAGGGAUCUGUAGGCACAACAGUGAAUCAGGGGCCUUUGGAAGUUGCCCAGGUUUUUCUAUCUGAAAUACCUAGUGACCCAAAGCUCUUCAGACAUCAUAAUAAACUGCGACUCUGCUUUAAAGAUUUUACUAAAAGGUGUGAAGAUGCCUUAAGAAAAAAUAAGAGCUUAAUUGGGCCGGAUCAAAAGGAGUAUCAAAGGGAACUGGAGAGAAAUUAUCAUCGCCUUAAAGAGGCCCUACAGCCACUGAUCAACAGAAAGAUCCCUCAGUUAUACAAGGCAGUAUUGCCUGUCACCUGCCACAGAGAUUCCUUCAGUCGAAUGAGCCUUCGCAAAAUGGAUCUCUAAACUGAAUGCACUUGUUUUAUUCAUCUGCAAAGAGCCAUGUAUUCAACAUCGAGUUUGAAAAGAUCUAUUGGAAAACAACAUGGAAUGGAAUUCUGGAAAUUAUUAUUCAUUGAAGAAUGCAGUGGCCAAGAAAAUAUCAAAUGUAGAUUGUUAACGCUUGAGAAUCAUGGCUAUAGUUUCUAAUGUUGUGGUAACAAGCUGUUGUCUUUUAAGACAUUUUAAUGACUCGAAGGUACACUAUACAUUUACCAUUAUUUAUACCAUAGCUAACGUUAAAUUUAUUUACUUUAAGUUCGUAUUUUUUAAUUUAUAUUACCAUUUAUAGAUUCAUUUUGGAACCAUUUUAAAUGUAGUAAUGCUUAUUUUAAAGGUACUAUUAAAUAUGUGAAUGUUUACACUAGUUUUACUGAGUGGGACUUCAAAAUUUUUAUUUAUUGACAAUUGCAGAGAACAACUAAAGGGUUGACUCAAGAACUAGUUCCAAACCUAGCAAAAGAAACAUCAUAGAUAGCCCCAAAUUAAA